AUGAAAAUUUGCAUAAUAUUGCUGUUGAUAUCACUGUCCGCCCUUUCCGAGGCCGCGGGGCGUGGCCGGAGUCACAGUGUGACUUGGGGAGUCAGAACCUACAGGGACAUGCACUUACGGCGGGAGAUCAUCACGGAAAAGUCCAAGUUCCUGCGUGUGGUCACAAGGGAUUAUGUGUUCAAUCAAAAAAAACUACCGCGCACCAUCACCCAGAUAGUGAUUACGGAUCAAGUUAGGGAUGGAAAUGGGGGCUAUGCAUACUUAACUGCCGGUGGACCGCAAGCCACUUAUGCCAAAAUCCAUUUGAAGAGUCAACGCAACGAAGGUUUCAGCUUCAUUAUUGACAUCUAUGGCAUUUAAUCAGGAAUUCCCCUGCUUUUAAUUAUAUUCCACUCUAUAUUACACUCCCUACAGAUAGUUUGUUUAUUUAAUGCACAGCACAUAUUUACAUACUGAAUAUAUAUCCGCAAACAUACUUAUAUUUCUGAAUUUAUAUGAGCAUACAAUUGACACAGGCCAAAUGAACUGCAGCUAAUUUGCAGUUGGCGAACGGUACAAAUAGGGCUACUGAUUGAUCUGCGGUUGGAAGGUUUAAAUGUUGGUUAUUGGAGGGAGCGGGGAUUUUGAACUUAACACUGACACAAUGUGAUAAAACUAUAAUGUUCUAAAAUUGAGGAUAAAUCAAAGCAAAAAGGAAAAUAACUACUUUUUUCAAUUGCGAGCUAAUGAAGAGAGCGUUGGAUUUUUACUAGAGGUUUAAUAUUCCAUCCAUAUUGCGUUACGCCAUAAUGUUAUCAUGAAAUCUUUACUUUCCACUCAAUACUACUACCAAUAAACCCAAGAUAUAUAUGAUACAAUUAAUAUCAAAAGUCAUCACUAGUUUUUUCUUUGCUUGGGGGAAAGGCAAAGGCUCAACUUUGAAGGUUAUACGCAAAGUAAGUGAUGAGUUGUGGGAGGGGCAGUUCCCACCACUUGUAAUUACCCAGCCAUUUCGACUAACGAGGCGAGUGCAAUUUUCGGUUGGGCAAAUGGGGAAAAUAUAACCCGCAAAAGCCUGUGAAACCCUUGGUAGGCAUUCAGGCAGGCCCUUUGCCAUUUAGCAAAUGUCAGGCACUUAGCCUCGCAACACCCCCUAAACCACCAGAAAGCCCUAAAAACCACCUCCCAUCCACCCAUCUUCGAUGCGAUGCCAUCACCCAGUGUGAAAGUCAAACAAAUCCAAUCAAUGUUACGCAGACACAUAUGUACAUAUAUAUAUAUAUCUUUAUAUCUAUGGAUGUACGUAUGCCUGCAUAUAUGCAAAUUAGCUGGGGUUAUAAAAUGUAAUGUAUUGGCUGUAUCCCUCGGCUAAGGGAAAUCAACCAUUGAUGCGUGUAUAUAUGCGGGGAUGUGAGGAUACCAUCAAUCGCAACGAAUUAAAAUUUUAUUAUGCCAUAUUCCCCAAACGAGCGGAGAAGGUCGACGCUCGUAUCUUUUAUGGUUUUCGAAUGUAAAUGGUUUUGUCUCCCAAGCAGCCCAACAAAUAUGGGUUAACAGGUCCUCUCCGCUUGGCCUAAAGGUGCAACGAGUUGCAGUUGUGGCAUUUCUGACUGACGGGCAUUUUGCAUACAAGAAGGGGGAUGGAGGGGAUGGACGAAUCUCACGCAGCACCCUUUGGUGACCUCAAACGCCAGUCAAUGCCAGAGCAGCACCCUAUCAUACCACCCAACCAUACAACCACCCACAUUUAAAACCAGGUGAGCUGCCAUUCCAUGGAGCGAUGUAGCAAACCGAGAGCCAUACAUUAUGCAGGUUGUUUGUUAUCGUUCGAUAAAGUGUAAAUUAUGGGAAAGUUGCCAGGCAGCCAGGUCAGGUCCCCUCGGUAUGCCACUAGAAGGAAGACCCAUGACCAUGCUCAUGCCCAUGCCCACCUGCCUUUUGCCAUAUAAUUUCUGAUAUCUGUAAUAUGUGUCUUUUGUGCGUAGUGUGCUCAGUGGUCUUGAAGUUUGCAUUGUUAAUCGAAGAAAUGGCAUUUGCAUACUCGCAUUUGAGUAAUUUAUGCUGAGCUCUGGAAUGCUUUUUAAUUGCCAGCCCAGAUGUUCGAUAUUCAGGGGCUGUCACAGGCCAUGGGCCAUGGGAAAUUGAGUGGAAACAUCUCAAGGACUGACAAUCGAAACUGGAGGGUCUUAUGCAGAUUUCCGUUUGACUUUGCCGCUCACACAAAGCAAAGUGUUGACCUCAGUUUUGCUGCCGUCAUAGUCAUUUCCUUUCCAUUCCCUCAAUGGCAACAAAAGACGUUUCGUCGCCUCGUCUCGUUCAUUUCACAGCCAAUUUUGUGCAUUUUUUUCGUCCUUUUCCCGCUGCAUCCUUGGCUUUUUUCACCACUCAUGUCCCUGUUGCCGUUUUUGGACCUUUGUCCUGCGUGGAAAGAAAGUGUGAAAGCAGCAGGCGAACGGAUUUCUGGUCCCGUUUCACCAGGGACUUUUGUUUUUCAAUUGCCAUUUGCCAUAUUUGCAGCAAUUGUUUUCGUUUUCUUCAGCAGUAAAUGUGAUUGUAGCAAGUUGUAUGUUGUAUGGUACUAUGAACAAUAUACACUGGGGAAA